AUGCCUGGAGCACCAGGUGCAUUAUUGCGCCUUUUAGUUGAUCAGUUUGUUUUUGCUCCUAUAUUCAUCGGAGUUUUCUUGUCAACGUUGGUGACAUUAGAGGGAAGGCCAUCACAAGUCAUACCUAAGCUUCAGCAGGAGUGGUUUUCUUCUGUUCUUGUAAAUUGGCAAUUGUGGAUACCAUUUCAAUUUCUGAACUUUCGUUUUGUCCCACAGCAAUUUCAGAGGCUCGAACCAGGAGUGGUUUUAGGGUUUAACAUCUCUAAAGGUCUUGUUGGCCCUAUUGAUAAAGCUAUCCAAUAUAAGGACAAGUUCCCAGAUGACACUAAAGAUAAGAAGCAGUUGCAAAUUAAGGUUUCUGAGAAGCUUGGAUCAAAGAAUGAAAGUUGUUCAGUCCUCUCCAGAAUACAUGAGGAUCCCAAAAAGGUCCAAAAAGAAAUAAGGGAUCUUCAUCCUCGACCACUUUUAAUGACAAAGGUGGCUCCUGUCUGUCCAGCUUGGCUUAUGAGCACAGCUUACCUCCUCACAAUCCUAGAGAGGUUAAAUAUCAUUUCAUCGCAAAGCCAGUUAUUUAGUAAUGCCCCAUGGAAGAUAAUCAUCUUUAACAUGAUUCCUUAUCAGGUAGCUAAAGCGAUGCUAAUUAAGCAUCUUUCUCCCAACCUUAGCAAGAGGAAAGUUUAUUAUUUCCAAGUCAUUCUUAUUGAGACUGGCUCAGUCAUCUUCGCUCCCACAUCUUGUAAUAGGAAUGAGCGGGCUUACUCUAAAUUCAAAAUCAAGAGAAUUUUGUCUCCUGCAGAUUAG